CUGGGAAGGGUUCUACUUUUUGCUCCUGCGGUUGGGCUAAGUAUCUUUCUGUGAUAAUAAUUGUGAACUGGUACUGGUUGUAGUUAUUCUUUCAGUUCUCACGUUGGGUUUGACAUAACAGUCAGCACACAGACACGUAAGUCAAAAUAAGAUGGCGCUACCUCGGCCCUGCUCGUCUCCAGCAGGGCGCAUUAGUCAGGCUGAGUCUGGCAGAGGCGCGACACUGUCAUCUUCAUCAUCAGUCGUUCCGGAGAAGCACUCGCAGAUUUUCCUACAAUCGUUUCUCGUCCUCCCGAGACCACCGAUUAGCAGUCAUUUGUACGCUGAUAUUGACGACGAGCAGGAAGAUGGCGAUGGAGUUGGAGGCAACAGUACAAGAACAAGAGGAGAAGUAGAUGAUAACGGAGAUAAAAGCCGCCGCUCAAGUCCGGCGAAAGAUGCUGCCAAGAGAAAUCAUCCUACGUCGCCAUCACCAAAGAAGGGUCGAGGCACCUCGUCUCUUUCUGAUACGCAUGCUCUUAUAACUGGAGGUAGCCCUGCGUUUAGCAGGGUAAAGCGGCAUGCACAUAACCUUGAAAGGAAGGCGGGCGAAGCACUCGCUGCGGUCGAAGAAAAGAUAGGCAGAAUAGAGCAGGAUGGAGCCACGAGCGCUUCCUCGAGUUUACAGGUACCCACUUCUUCUCGCUGUCAAAGUGAAUUCAGUUUCUGGCUGUGUGUGUGUUUGUUUUUGCGAGCACUUGAUUGCCUUCGCUAAUGCAACGAGCGGUAGGUGGAGGUGGAGGACUUCGAUAUACUCACCAUGUGCGAAUACUUCGUAGGGCUGAAUCAGUACUAGCUCUUUAUAUUAUAAGGUAAUGAUUCAUCGAAACUAAUUACUUACUAAUGUCUAGUUUUUGAAGUACGUUGAAUCACACCAAAAACAAAGCUUUCUACGGUCCUAGCCGCGUUCGAAGACCUGAGUGCGGCCUUGCAAUCACGCAAAAAGCACACAAAUCUCUUCGCACUAGGCAGUUUUGAAAAGGCAUUGGAUCGGUUCAUACGGGACAGUAUUUUUUUCGCAGCUUACCUCUGUGAGACUGGAGAAGCUGCAGCAUCCGCGUCGCUGCUGCUUCAGGCACUUGAUCGCCUUGCCGACCUCAAUAAUAUCAAAAGCGAGAGUACGGACCCAGAAGUAAACAACAGCGCCGCGCGCCCUUCAUCUCGGACGCACCGCGACAUUACGAUUGGCUGUGAAGCACCUGUCGCCCAUCAUGACCUGCAAUCACAGCAAGAAGGCGAACAGGACGGACCGCGCCUGCAGGAACAAAAACAAAUGGCAGAGGCCGACCAGACUAUAACUACAACAAAUAUUUCCGAGGCGGCAGUUGAGGUAGAUCAAAACCAAUUAGUACUAGAAGCGCAUCAAGCAGAAAGCAAAGCAAAAACCUCUGCCGCCCAAUUCUCGUUAUUGCAAGCUGUUCUGUACGCGAAUCUCGGGAUUCAUUAUCGCAGAGGACGAAAAAGCUUUGCAGCAGUGAAGCACUUCGAGAAAGCGCUAUUAGCUCUCCGGGCAUCUCAGUCGUGUGCUGAGAAGCAUGCGCACUCUCAUGAGGAUCUCGUCCAUGCCGACCUUCUCGGCCGGGUUGAAAUGGGCCUUGCCUCUUUGUUUCCUACAAAGCAAGCUCGCCAGAGCAUCGAACUGAAUUUGCAAGCAUACAUGCAGCUGCGUGCCCGUAUUACCCAUGAAGAGCAGACAGAGGAAAGUGGAGCAAGCACGCCCGCUCUGGCAGACAAGGUACUGAAGGUCGGCACGAUAGUUGGGACGCGAAUGUCUCGGUCACCAUCUCCACGAAAAUCAUGGAAAAGCAGACAAACACAAAGGGGCGAUGGCUCCUCCGCAACACCAAGAAGCAACCCGCAAAAUGGCAGGAAAGUGAAGAAUCUUUUGGCUCGAAUGAAUACGACGGCUAGCGCCUCGAUGUCACCGUCUCUUUCACCAGGGUCAAAAGCAAAGAACGCAGUUGUUCGGUCACCGACUUCUAUCACGAUGCGGGUCGAUAAUGAAGAUGGGAAGACAAAACAGUCGUUCGUAACAACGAUCAGGGCAUUCGGCAAUAGUCCGUCUUCAUCUAAGCGACAAGAAAUUCCGUACAAGCAAAUGGUUCGGCGCUUAUGCAUCUGCAUAUACAAUAUGGCCGUGGCGAACUGUGACAUCCACGAAUAUCGAGCGGCACACACAAACGUUUGUGAAGGAAUGCAGCUUUCACGCCUCUAUGGUCUUCAGGACAUGCAGAGUAGGCUCAAUGCGAUACUCAAGAUUGUCACGCGGCCCAUUGAGGAAGUGGAGCCUCUUCGAACGACCGUGCCAGGCUCCCGAAAAUCCGGCAAAACUCGUUUUCGCAGUACAACAAAGACAAAUUACAAAAAGAAUAUGGAAAACAUCAUCAACUACAGUCACACGCCAACGUGCACGGAAGAGAAGAAGCACACUCUUGAAGGGAGAGGCAGUGAUGGUGCCAUGCAGGUAUCCAAACCUCAAGCGCAACGUCCACACUCUGCACUCACUCGAAAACCUGUAACGUCCCCCUCCUCUACUAUUGAUGAAUCCGCGCGCGGUCACUCGGCUCGGUUCCGCGGCCGGCGCAUUUUGAUCGCGAAUGCUGCGUCACGCGACAAGUUCCACACCCGCGAUUCCUACCAUUCCGACCUAGAACAUCGUCCGUCUAGUGUAAAUCUGACUGGGUCUUCAAAGAAAAGUAGGAGGCACGAGCACAAUAGCGGAGGUGUUCUAGCGGAAGACGAAAAUGAAUUUUGGUCUGACAACACGAUGUCUCGUCUCCAUCCUGGAAGGGCUUCGCACAGCAUGUACGGAGAAAACUCUCCAGUUGCUCGCAUGCGGAGUACUCGAAUAAGUGCUGCUGGGGCAAGGCCUCCGAGUCUCCUUCCAAACGAACGUAUAACCUCUGAGGACCAACAGCUUUCGUGGCUGCCGAGUUUUUGGAUGAAGGAUCCGCGCGAUCCCUUUCCUGCAUUAGAAAGAAACCGAGACUCACACUCUUCGUCUGAUGCAGUUGAUCUUGCUUCUGCCUUCCUAUUCGACCCCGGUGGAUUGCCCUCAAUCAGUGAAGAGCCCUCGUCGUCAUCCAGAGCAGCGACUGCUGCAAAAAGUAGGGCUUUACAGUCAUGUUCGCACGAAACCGUUGCGGACAAGUGUCGCCGAAGUCGUGCCAUAGAAGCCGUUGCCGACCGUGUGCGAAAGCUGCGGAAACGUAAAGUGCCGAUACCACGCCGCACAGUGGAGGAUGCUUCCGCAACCCGAAUCCAAGCCCGUGUGCGCGGCGCUAUGGUGCGUCGGUGGGGCCGAAACGAGUUGGUGCGAGCGUUGGAACUUUCAGCGGCGAUUGAACCAAGACUACUGCUUCGAUCUGUCGGCGCACCGGUCAAGGAUGAGAAAAGCAUGGGCAGUGGGUUAGAAAUCGAGGAAGCUGGUUGCAACGAAAAAGAAGUCGCUGCAAGCGUCUGCCCGACGACUCAGGAGGGCCAAAAUCGUCGAAGGCCUGACCUCCUGGAAAUCGAUGAUACUUCAGAAAUUGUUGAGGGGGCAAGGAGUCGUAGCCGCUCGCAGGUGUCCGCUCCCACCGAAAUCAGUAGGGACAACAAAAGGAAGAUAGCGCUUCGUGUAGUGCUAACCGCUCGCCGCGCUAGGAUCGAAGUAGCCGCAGCUCUGCGGAUUCAAGCGUGCUACCGCUGCUUGCGCGCACGCCGUUUCUAUGCCCGGACACUGCGGGACAUCGCCGAAGAUCACGCCUUGGUACUGCAGCGGCACGUCCGGGGCCACCUCGCGCGAAUGGCUCUUCGCGGCCAGCACAACGCCGCUUGCGCUAUCCAGUGCACCAUGCGGCGAAAAUGGGCAAAGAGGGCUACUGCCGCUCGGCGUGCCGCGCUCGGCCGUUUGCAACGCUGCAG